AUGGACCAACAAGUACCACUGCCCAUAGCUAGCGAUCUGCCUAUCUUUAAUUGGGAAGAUUUCCAUCCAAGCACGUCGUUAUCCGAAUCCAGCCACCCAUUAUUACAGGAGUCGGCGACCUCUGACAUCAACUCAUUGCUCUCAGCCUGCUCCUAUCCCCUGCCCGAAUCAUAUAAAUCACGAAAUGCUCAAAGUAAUACGCCAUCGCCAAAUUCUGACGACUUCGCCCCUGAGCUCGCAUUUGACUUGAACCGGACGAACACAAACCAAACACACGGCUCCAAACCGACGACACCACGGCCACAAAAACGCCAGCGAGAUGGACCAAAGAAGGCCACACCAGCGAAGAGCUGCGGAGCCUCCCAAGCAGCUGGUGAUAGCGAGGAAAAUCCUGGAGAGCGUCGUCGCAAGCAAAUUCGCAUGGCACAACGUGCAUAUCGUUCACGACAGCAAGCCACAGUUGAAGACCUGAAAAGCCACAUCUCCCUUUUGGAGACCUCAAUGGAGAAAAUGAGCUCUGCUAUGCUGUCAUUUAGCGCGCAGCUGGUUCAAAGUGGAGUACUUAGGUCACAUACUGCCCUGACAGCGAAUCUACGUGACACGAUGAAGAUCUUCCUUUCCAUGGCAUCGGGGGCAAGCCUAGAAGACGGGAUAGUGGUCCCUGUUAACUCUAAUAAGAUAAUUGACUCACCACCAGCCUUGAAAGGACCCACAGUCAACCACCCGGCACGCGACAUCCCCCUCCACCUGCCCAUGGAUGGCUUUGGAUUUUAUCACCCUAACAGUACUAUCAUGCCAUGUACCGUCACUUCAUCAGAAAUCUCGAUUUUAGAGGUAUCCGGAUUCAUUGAAAGGCUGCUUCUAGCAGCUCUCUACCAGGGGCAUCUCGCCCUGUGCAAUUCGUCAAUCGGCUUGGAUCAGCUCCAAAGGCCCUUUGGGAUCAUUUUUAGUAUUAUGAGACGCGAACGCCUGGCAUCCUACUUUAAAGCGGAAUUAUAUGCUCACGCAAGCAAAAAGCCGCUGGAUGGAUGGGAGGAAGUCCCCCUGUUCAGGUUGGGGGGCGCGGGGACCCAUUAUCCCGACGGGUGCACGGGUGCAUCUGUCCCUCAUUACCAGAGAUGGGGAACCGUGGAGGACCCCAUAUCACUCGUCACGGCAGAUUUACGAAAGCAGCUAGAAGGUGAUUGGUUUGACUUGCAAGAUCUGAAGGGAUAUCUUCAAGAUAAGAAUGUGCUCUUGGUUGCGUCAGCUGGCGAGCCAACAAGAUGCUCGAAAGUGCAGACCAAUAUUAAUGUCUCACGUUUCAUAUCAACGUUGACAAGCAGAGGAGUUUGCCUAGGCCGCACACCUGGGUUCCAACGCAAUGAUGUGGAGGAGGCCCUGCACAUUUCGACUAUUGUGUGA